AUUUUCUCCCAACGCAUAAUUUUGAGGUUAUAUAAACCUUCAAAAUUUAAACAAAUUGCCCUUUAUCUGCGUCGUAAACCGUUUCCUUGAUGAAUAAUUCCAUGUUACACAUUCGCCCAUAAAUCCAAAUCCCCGUGCCUAGUGUAAGGUUAUGUGGCAAGAUGGCAAGUACAAGACCCAUGAUAGUGGCCCCCAUUUACGCCAGAAUCUUAUCAAAAUUCCCCCAGAACUUCACGUUCUGCUUUGCCUACGGCUCCGCUGUGAAAAAGCAGAUCGAAAAGAAGCCAAAGGACAACAUGAUCGACUUAAUUUACUGUGUUGAUAACCCCAGUGCUUGGCACGAGGCGAACAUGAAGGAGAAUUUCUCGCACUACAGCGGCUUGAAGUACUUCGGGCACAAUUUCGUGGCGCAGUUUCAGGAGAAUUUCGGUGCGAAAGUGUAUUUUAAUACUUUGGUGCCGCUGGAAGGCGUUUGGAUUAAAUACGGGGUUAUUGCGACCAAGGACUUGGUCACGGAUUUGCUUGAGUGGUCGGACUUGUAUCUCGCGGGCCGGUUGCACAAACCGGUGGAAAUAAUCAAGAAGAGCUCGAACGCGGAGCUGCAAACUGCGCUACAGUUGAACUUGCAGUCAGCGGUGCAUUGUGCCCUCUUGCUGCUGCCUGACACGUUCAGCGAGUACGAGUUUUACCACACGAUUAGUAAUUUGAGUUACUCGGGCGAUUUUCGGAUGACUUUCGGCGAAAAUAAAAACAAGGUUGAGAACAUAGUCAAGCCGCAAGUGCUAGGGUUCAGGAACUUGUACGGCCCUUUUAUCAGCACUUUGACCGAUUAUGUGGACUUUCCGAUAUUGCAAGAAACUGAUAAGGAGAAACAGGAAGUUAGUUCGUCUUGUUCGCAAGAUGUUAGUCCUUUAGCGAGACUUCAUCAUUUGAAUCAGUUGCCCAGAUGGCCCCAAAAGGCCUUGACUAGGUUCUGGAACAAGGGGGUGCUCAGACAAGACACUGAGGAUGUCCUAAGAGCAGUAGCGUAUGAUCCUGAUUGCGAUCUGAUCGUUGCCACUUGUAUUAGAGACAUUGUUUUUAAAUCUUCCGCCAGACAGAGUUUGAAAUCAAUUGCAACAGCAGGACUGUUGAAAAGUGUGAGAUACAGUUCUAGGAAAAUUCUAAAAAUGUUAUCUUAAAAGUUAGAAAUUGUAGUAG